AUGGAAGGAAGAAGUAAUCUGAAUAACGCAACCUCGUUUGCUCUACUCGAGCAAUUAGUUUAUAUUGACAAUUUUAUGGCUAAUAGUGGAUCAUCGAACAGUGCAGGAGAGUUAACACCAAACUUAGAUAUGGACGGACAGCUAUCCAUGGAUCUCGCAGCGUUUGCUGAUGAGUCUUUCAUUUUCCCGGAUGAAGAGAAGAAAGAUCACCCUAGUCCAGAUGGUAGUCUUCGUAUUAAUGGAGAUGAUUUUUCAAGUAAUUUUAAUAUCAAUAAUAACAACCAUGAAGAUAUUAAAAAUAGUAAGAAUACCGUGGAUUUCGAUUUACAAUUCAGUAAAGGUGUACCGAGUAACAACCAAGGAAAUCAAAAUAAUUUUGACAGCGAUAAGCACCCCGAUAAUAUUCUGCUGUAUCGAAACGGAAAACAAGCUAAAAAUGAACCAUUGUCAUUGGAUCACGAUACAGCUUCUGAUGGUGUUCCCUCAAGUAAUACUGAAUUGAACAUAUCACAGCUACCUAAAUUCCCUGUUCCCCCAGGUGCAAAAAGCUCUUUGGAGUCUGCGGGUCUUUCAUUGAACCAAAUUGAUUUGUUAAGUGCUUUAAUAGCUCAGCAUCAGUCCAAACUAAAUGCAUACGAAAACCAGCAUAAUAAUAUUGUGACUAACCCUCGGAUCGAUUCAGUACGCCAGCAUAAUAAUCUUUACAUAAACAAUUUUCAUGGCAUGGAGGAGUCUAGUGAAAAAACUCGGUCUCUUUCGUCAAUAUCAAACUCUUCGGUGGAGACCCCGACCCUCGACACUCCUACCAAACGAAAUGAAUUGUACCCAUCUGGUAUGGAUAAGAGAAAAAGGAAUACUGAAGCAUCUGCUAGGUUCAGAAUCAAGAAGAAAAUGAAAGAGAAACAAAUGGAAGAUAGAAUAAUGAAGCUUAGCGAGACAAUAAAAGACUUCGAAACAAAAAUUCAACAGCUAGAGAUGGAAAAUAAGUUGCUAAAAAAUCUUAUUAUUGAGAAGGGAAGUCAACAGUCCGAUGACGAGUUGAGGAGACUAAAAGAAAAGGCCAAAUCUAAUUGA